CUCUCUUACAUCGCUCUGGAAAAGCAGCUCUAGCGUCCUGAGCCGAAAGAAUUAGCGUAGCUCGGAAUACCUGUCCUUCUCUUUUGAACCGCUUCCAUGCUUGCCCAUCAAGAGGAUCGACCCCAACCGACGCGGAAUGCCUCGCAAAACGUUUCGUCGGAGCGAUUACGACUGACGGAAGAGGAGGUCGAUGCCCUGAUUGAAAAUUUCGCCAAGGAGGACGACUUGACACGUAAGACAUGGACACGCCGCGUCGUGGAAAAUUUCCUCAUGAAGUACAAGUGGUACUUCCCCCGCCGCGAUAUCAAGGGUGCUCCUUCGUUGAGUAUGGCGUAUGCGUACUACGAGCAUAUUACACUCCCCCGGCAUUUUGCCGGCGGGGAACAAACGGCAGAGCAUGUUCUGCGACGGGCCGAACCUGGGGAAUCGCAAAGUACGGAUCUAUACAAUCCACUCAAGACACCGUCGUCUUCCUUUAUUGAAUGGGGCAUUGGUGUGGAUCUAUACUUUUCCAGUGUGCGAAUUAUGUCGAUGAUUCUCUUGCUGGCGGGUCUGCUCAAUAUCUACAGUAUUUACUACUACGGUUCUACGGAAUACUCGCCGAACGGAAAGAAUUCAUUGUCAACCUUUUCGCUAGUCGGUACCGCCAUUUGCACCACCGGCGACUGGGUUGUCUGUGCAGAAGGAUGCACUCAGGAAGGUUACUCCUCCGAAGGAGAAGACGACCGUUUUGGUAUUGCAGACGACGGAACAGUUUUGGUCGUUCGCAAUGGCUGCGACGACGGGAGCUUCCUGCAAAAUGGAAUGGUCAAUUGGAUUACUCUUUUGUUUUUGGGUAUUCUAAUGGCUUUGGUGUCGCUUUAUCUUAAAGCUCGUGAAGUUCGAUUCGACGAGGACAAAUUAACGUCGACGGAUUAUUCCGUCAUCGUCAAGAAUCCUCCUCCUGAUGCAUACGAUCCGGAUGAGUGGCGCGAUUUCUUUGCACAAUUUGCGGAAAAGCAGGUAACAGUGGUUACCGUAGGGUUAAACAACGAGUCGCUUUUGAACCUACUGCUGGCGCGUCGUGUUCACCGGCAUAAUUUGCGGCUUAUGCUGCCGAAAGGAACCGACAUGGAUGAUGAGGACCAGGUCCGUUCAGCAGUAGCCCGACUGAUUCAAGACCGAGAAGCCGAGCCUGAUGGUUGCAUCAUGCGCUUCUUGGGAUGUGCGGUAUUUCCUUUUCUGCGAAUCUUCAACAUGUUCUUGCCGCCCGAAGUUUUGGUGGAUCGAGUCUUCCGUUUGACCGACCAAAUCAAGGAGCUUCAGGGGGAGAAAUACACGGUGUCGAACGUCUUUGUCACGUUCGAAACCGAGGAAGGACAGCGCGCGGCUCUUGCAGCUCUCUCUGUGGGAAAGCUUGACGCAAUCCGGAACAACACGGCCAACUCUGCCCCUAGUGCCAUUUUCCGUGACCGUGUUUUGAAGGUUGAAGAGCCAACCGAACCAAGUGCUGUUCGCUGGAUGGAUCUCAGCGCCUCGACGUUGCGAAAGAUCAUUCUCCGCAUAUUGAAUUUGCUCAUUACACUGGGUGUCGUUUCUUUUUCUGGAUACUUGGUAGCAAAAGUUCGUGAAAACUUGGGGCCUGGAUACUCUGGCCCUUUGGUUUCCGUAUUCAAUUCGAUUAUUCCACAGAUCGUCAAGCUCUUAAUGAUCUUCGAACCCCAUACCACCGAAGGGAGCUUCCAAACCUCUCUGUACUUGAAGAUUACUCUCUUCCGUUGGGUGAAUACGGCCGUCCUUACGAAAUUAAUCACUCCUUUUACAAGCACCGUUAGUCCUGAAAGGACCAGCGUCUUGCCGACAAUCAAUUCCAUUCUGUGGUCCGAGCUAUGGCUAGUGCCUGGUCUACGUUUAUUGGACCUUUGGGGUAACAUCCAGAAGCAUGUGCUUGCUCCACGUGCUCGAAACCAAGAACUUAUGAAUUUGAAUUUCCAAGGCACGUUCUAUAACCUCGGUGAGCGGUACACAGAUUUGACGAAACGUUAUUUCCGUCGACCUUCUUUUUCGGUGCGGCAAUUCUCUUUGUUCAAUACUAUCCAUUCUUGCCUUCGACUUCUCACGGAUACUUCAACCAUUGCUAUAGACCGACAAAUACUGCUUGAUGCGCAUCUGGGCAUGGCGACCAUUCAUAGGGCCAGAGCUGGCACGCUUCAGUCGAAGGUAUUUUUUUUCUGGGAGCGUCUUGGCCUUUGCUUUAAUACACCCAUCUUUACCAACGCAGCAAGAGAAUACUUCAAUGUACAAUUCGCAAACUCCUCUACUGCCGACGUUGUCACCGUUUCACAGGACACUCCAGUUGUAGCGUGCAGCCAGAGUUGGCGAGAAGUCAGUGGUUUUUCCUUUCCUCCAACAAAGCGCAUCCAGCCGGUUGGAUUAAGUUGGAUGAGCGACUCACAAGAGACGCUGACGAGCGUCUACGGCUGGACAGCCGUUGCACUUCUUGUCGGCUUUCUUGUUUUCUUUUUUGGUUCUUCGACCAUUAACUUCUUGUUGUCCUGGUUUCGUGGCAUAUAUCAUACCAGUGGUCAGAAUCAGCGAAUCGAUUUCAGCACUAACCUGGAAAUUUUUGCUUAUGUCCCGCAAGUCAAGCUGAAAUCUUUACCUUUUCCUCUCUUAGCUUGUAACGUCGACAAUAUUGACAAGGGUCUAAUUGGUUGGAACGACCCCGCACAUUCAUAUGAUGUUCACAACAUGAUUUUCGACGUUCCCUGGCAAGGAAUGCCAAGGCAAAAAGCUGUUGAGAAUGAAGCGAGUACAAGGGGGAGCGUUCUUGGAGCCGAACAAGAAGAGGUUGGAGGAAAUCAAAAUUCACCGCAAGCCUUGCCCAAUGCGCUCGAAGUGAGAACAGGGCAGCCUCCAAUCUUUGCGGUUGUGAAACACUAUCCGCCCGAAUGGAGACAGCGCGAGCUAAAGCUGUCCUAGCGCUUCGCUUUUGCUGUAAUCGCUUCUAGUUUAAACACACUUGUACUCACC